AUGGAGCGGCUCUACCGCGGCGUCGAGGACGUCUGCCGCAAGGGCGACGCCGCUGCCCUGACCGACCGUCUGCGUGAUCGCUGCAAUGCCUGGUUGGCCGGGCGCGAUAUGCUGGGUGGGUUGUGGGAGGGGUUUGAUGCUGCGUCUGCGUCUGCGUCUGUGAGUGGGGGUGGGGAGGGUGGGGGGGGUGGUGGGAAUGCGAAUGAGGGGGCGGGGGAUGUGUUGUUGAAGGGUGUGGUGGGGAGCUCGUCGUCCAAAGGGGGGUCCGCCUCGCCGUAUGGGAAGGCGGUGGUGGAAGGCGUGUGUCGGCUGGUGGACUACUCGCGGUAUGGCGACGAGCGGACCGAUGACGAGCUGUUGAGGCAGGCGAUCAAGAUGUUGAGGCUUUGUGGCGUCUACGGCAAGUCGUUCGAGGCCAUGUUUCUGGUCAUGUCCCAUCGCUACUACGAACAGUUCGCCAGCGAUGUCAGCGCCUCGUACGGCCUCAAGGAUUACAUCACGGCGGUUGCGGCAUUGUUGAAGAGGGAGGGUGCUAGGUGCGACACCUUCAACUUUGAGAGCACCACCAAACGGCAGCUACUGGGCGAUGCCCACCACGUUCUCAUCGAGAGAUACGCCAAGAAGCUGCUCGACACCGGCAGCGUAGCGAAGCUGCUAGACGCCCAAGAUAUCGAAUCUACAAAGGCGCUUUACGAGCUGCUGAAGCUGUCUGGCCUGCAGAAACGGCUGAAGGGCCCUUGGGAACAGUACAUCCGGGAGACGGGCUCCGCAAUUGUCAGCGAUACCGCGCGGGGAGACGAUAUGGUCCUCCGCCUGUUGGAGCUAAGGCGGUCCUUGGACACCAUGAUCCGGGACGCUUUCUCCAGGGACGACGUCUUCCACUACGCCCUCAGGGAGUCGUUCGGCAACUUUAUCAACAGCAGGAAGAAUACCUCGGCGUGGGGCACAGGAACCUCCAAGGUCGGCGAGAUGAUUGCCAAGUACAUCGACAUGCUCCUGCGCGGGGGUCUCAAGACGCUCCCGAAGUCGCUCCUGUCGGACAAUAAGGACAGGGCGGAUGCCGAGAUGAGCGGCGUGGCAAGUACGGGCGACGAAGACUCCGAACUGGACCGGCAACUGGACUACGCCCUCGAACUGUUCCGCUUUAUCGAAGGCAAGGACGUCUUCGAAGCCUUUUACAAGAAAGACCUGGCGCGGCGCCUGCUCCUUGGUCGCAGCGCGAGCCAAGACGCCGAGCGGAGCAUGCUCGCAAAGCUCAAGGUCGAGUGCGGGUCUGGCUUCACCCACAACCUGGAACAGAUGUUCAAAGACCAGGCGCUGGCGAAGGAAGAGAUGACAUCCUACAAGCAGUGGUUCAGAGGCACGGGAAAGAACGAUGGUGGCGUCGACCUGACGGUCAACAUUCUCUCAGCUGCGGCGUGGCCGACCUUCCCAGAGGUGAAGGUCCUCCUCCCCAAGGAGGUGCUCGAGCAGGUCAACACUUUCGACAGCUACUACAAAUCCAAGCAUACCGGCAGGCGGCUCACCUGGAUGCACAACAUGGCACACUGCGUCGUCGGAGCCCGGUUCAACCGCGGUUCCAAGGACCUGCUCGUCAGCGCGCCGCAGGCCACUGUCCUGAUGCUCUUCAACGAGGUCGAAGACGACGACCCCAAGAGCAAAACCGCCGGCGUGCUCUCGUACGAGCAAAUCGCUCAGUCUACGGGCCUUCAGGGGGGCGAGCUCGACCGCACUCUGCAGUCCCUCGCCUGCGGCAAGGUUCGCGUGCUAACCAAGUCUCCCAAGGGCCGCGACGUGUCCCCCACCGACACCUUCACCGUCAACAAGGCCUUUACGGACCCCAAGUUCCGCAUCAAGAUCAACCAGAUCCAGAUGAAGGAGACAAAGGAGGAGAACCGCGAGACCCACCAGCGCGUUGCUGCCGAUCGGCAGUUCGAGACGCAGGCGGCCAUCGUCCGGAUCAUGAAGAGCCGGAAAAAGAUGACACAUUCACAGCUGGUCGCCGAGGUUAUCGACCAGACGAAGAGCAGGGGGUCGGUGGAUCCCGCCGAUAUCAAGGCAAAUAUUGAGAAGCUCAUCGAGAAGGAUUACCUGGAGCGUGAGGGUGGAUCGUAUACCUACUUGGCGUAA